UAUUUUUUCAUUUAUAUUUUGAUUUAUAUUAUUAUUGUAAAUAAUAUUUAUUUCUAUUUAGUUAACCACGGAGAUGAAACUGAAGUUAACCACGGAGAUGAAACUGAUGUUGACAAUGAUGGGGAAGAUGAAAUUUAUCAUAAGCGACCUGAUAAAGACAAAGCACUAAAGAAAUACAAUGAUUUUAUGGAAGAAAUGAGGAAAACAGCAUCAUCAUCUGAUAUGACUGCAACUGCAGUGACAUCUGGUACUACUACAAUUGCAUCGUCAUCUGGUACUACUACAACUGCAUCGUCAUCUGGUACUACUACAGUUGCAUUGUCUGGCACUGCUGCAACCGGUAGAGUUAUGCUUUUAUCUUAUUAUUAUUUUAAAUGCAAAUAUCUAUUUUUUUUAUUAUAUUAUUUUUUAUUUCUUUAGAUCUGAAUUGGAGCAGCUACAGGCUUUAUCGCUCCCAGCACCCAGGACCUCUUUCUGAGAGGUCCUUUAACAAAUGGUGCCUUAAUAAUGGUAUGGAUGAGCCCUCAUUUAAAUGGAGAGCUCAUCCAUACAGGGGUGCUGGGAGGCACCAAGGAAAAAACAGCAACGAAA